AUGUGGUUGUUUUGCCAGGCUCCUCAAACCAUCCAGCAAUUUCUCUUUCCACUCCGCACGCGCCACCACCCAUCUCGACUUCACUCACACACGCGCCACCAGACAUCCGUCACUCUCCCCCCUUCCACCACCAACACCAACCACCUAAUCCAGACUCUCUGUCAGAAAGGACUCGUCAAACAAGCCAUCCAAGCUCUCACUCAAGAGCCUAAUCCAACUCAACGCACUUACGAACUCUUAAUUCUUUCCUGCGCCAUUGCAAAUUCUCUCCACGAUGCCAUUACAAUUCACCGUCGGCUUGUCGAAGAUGGGUUUGACCAAGACCCGUUCUUGGCAACUAAGCUUAUUAACACAUAUUCGGAGCUGGGUUCAAUGGAACACGCGCGCCAAGUGUUUGAUGAAAUUCCCAACAGAACUAUAUACGUCUGGAACGCCUUUUUUCAAGCUCUAACACUUGCUGGUCAUGGGAUAAACGUGUUUGAUCUCUUAUGCUCAAUGAGCACAGACGGGAUUAAACCAGAUAGAUUCACUUACACUUACGUCCUGAAAGCCUGUGUUGCAUCCGACACUUCAGUUUCAUUGUUACCCUAUGGAAAAGAGAUACACGCCCACAUCUUGAGACACGGGUUCGAGACCAAUGUUCAUGUUACAACUACAUUAGUCGACAUGUAUGCUAGAUUCGGGUGCGUAUCACAAGCCAGUCAAGUUUUCAAUGAAAUCCCUUCUAAAAACGUUGUUUCUUGGAGUGCUAUGAUUGCUUGUUAUGCCAAAAACGGGAGACCCUUGGAUGCACUCAAACUAUUCAAUGAAAUGAUGCUUGAAGUUCACGAUUCAACACCAAAUUCAGUGACAAUGGUUAGUGUUCUUCAAGCAUGUGCAGCACUUGGAGCCUUAGAGCAAGGUAAGCUAUUGCACGCGUAUAUCCUACGAAAACGUUUGGAUUCGGUGUUACCAGUUAUCGCAUCCCUCAUUGCCAUGUACACAAGAUGUGGUGAUCUUGAAAUGGGAAAACGGGUUUUCGACCAAAUGGUUAGGAGAGAUGUUGUGUCAUGGAAUGCAAUGAUUUCAGGGUAUGGAAUGCAUGGGUUUGGUGAAAAAGCAAUUGAAGUUUACAAUGAAAUGUUGCGUAACAAGAUUGAUCCUAGUCCUAUCACGUUUGUGAGUGUUUUAGGAGCUUGUAGUCACGCAGGGCUAGUGGAAGAUGGAAAGAGAUUAUUUGAAUCCAUAAGAAAACCUAUCAUUGAGCACUACGCGUGUAUGGUGGAUCUUCUUGGUCGAGCCAAUAGAUUAGAAGAAGCAGCCAAGAUUAUACAAGAAAUGAGAAGCGAACCCGGGCCUAAAGUCUGGGGUUCCCUUCUCGGAUCGUGUAGGAUUCAUGGCAACAUUGAGCUUGCUGAGAGGGCAAGCAAGCGGCUUUUUGAGCUUGAACCUACAAACGCAGGAAAUUAUGUGCUUUUGGCUGAGAUUUAUGCGGAAUUAGGGUUAUGGGAUGAAGUGCAAAGAGUGAAGAAGCUUUUGCAAAGUAGAGGACUUGAAAAGAAAUCCGGGUGUAGUUGGAUUGAAGUGAAACGGAAAGUUUACUCGUUUUUUUCGGUUGAUGAGUUCAAUCCACAUGUUGAACAACUCCAUGCUUUUCUCCUGAAAUUAUCAAUGGAGAUGAAGGAGAAAGGGUAUAAGCCCAAGACUAAAGUUGUGUUGUAUGAUGUUGAAGAGGAAGAAAAGGAGAGGAUUUUAUUGGGUCAUAGUGAGAAACUAGCGGUUGCAUUUGGGUUGAUUAAUAGUUGUAGAGGAGAAACAAUUAGGAUCACCAAGAACUUACGGUUAUGUGAAGACUGUCAUUCGGUUACAAAGUUUGUGUCUAAGUUUGCUAAUAGAGAGAUUCUGGUUCGCGAUGUGAAUCGCAUACACCAUUUUAAAGAUGGGGUUUGUUCGUGUGGAGAUUAUUGGUAA